UAAAAAUGGCAGAGGUCGCGAACCAAUACAGCAGCGAAAACUUGAAACGAAAACGCAAACACAGUCGAAACCCGCAUUCAAAGGAUUGGAAUAAAAAGAAAAAAAUUGAACCUGGAAAGGGAAACCGAGAAGUGAAAAGAACGCAGAUUAUCCAACCUCAAUUACCGAAAACCGCCACAGAAAUAUCGUCUAACUGGAAGGCUUUGCAAGCGUUACUGGAGAAAGAGAAAAACGCCAAGGAAACCACUGGAGAUAAAAAAAGAAGACAGAAGAAAACAUUAAAGAGAACUCUGAAGCCAAAUCUUAAAUCAGAAAACACAACAAGUUCAAGUGAAGUGUGGUUUGAUGAUGUGGAUCCAGAAGACCUUGAGGAAAUUACUGGGAAAAAAACAAAGUCAAAGACAACAAUUGGAGAUCCACAUGAUAUGCUAGUAACUGGCAGUCUGGAAGGGAUAACAAAAAGGAUUGCACUGGACUGUGAAAUGGUUGGAGUUGGGUCUGAUGCUAAGAGGCACAUGUUGGCACGAGUAUCCAUCGUUAACUCACAUGGUCGCGUGGUCUAUGACUCGUUCGUGGCACCACAGGAGAAAGUGGUUGAUUACCGCACUCACGUCAGUGGAAUUAGACCUGAAAAUUUAAAAAAUGCUCCAGAAUUCAAGACAGUUCAACUUGAAGUUUCAAGAAUACUUAAAGAGAAAAUCCUUGUUGGACAUUCCUUGAAGAAUGACCUUGAGGUACUGCUACUUGAUCAUCCAUGGAAAAAUAUACGAGAUACUGCCAAGUAUAAACCAUUCCAAAAACUAGUUAAGACUAAAACCCCUUCACUAAGAAAACUUGCCAAGCAGUUAUUGAAUAUCAGCAUUCAAGAAGGAGAACAUUCUUCUGUACAAGAUGCACAGGUAGCAAUGAAGCUCUACACUUUGCACAGAAAACAGUGGGAAAGACAAUUACAUGAAGCUAAAGUAAAGCCUUCUAAGAAAGCACUUGUAAAUACACUUGUCACUUCAAGUCAUGGUAGAUAACAGAGUUACAAGGCAUGUGAAACAGCAGUGCAUGAUGGGAUUGAUCGCAAAAUGGAAGACACAAUGUUACCAAGUAAAAUGAACAUCAUCAAGGUCAUUUUUCACUGGCAGAGGAAUUGUCUCGGAGAAUUUUUUGUCAGAGAAUUUACAGAGUUUUCCCCCUGGCAUGGUUAUUUUCAUUGAGUAUCAGGCAUCAGAGACUGGUUUUUGGACACAGCAAGGUUUAACAAGAACCUCAGUUAUUCCACUUGGAGGAGCAGGUGUGAAUGAAGCAUUUCAAGUCUCCUAAAGAGAAGUUUAACUGUCCAUUUUACUAUAAGAUAGUCAAGCGAAGGCGAUCAUAAACUAGGGCACCAUCAGCAAUCAAAUUGAACCUCUAUUGUACCAAUUCAAAUUGUUUAUACUUGAAAGAAGGAUUUAAUAUAAUUAUUUUGAGAUAACAAUUCAUGAUAUUAUGCUAUACAAUACAGAACUAAUGCAAUGGUAACAUAGCAAAGUUGAGUCUCAUUGUAUUGUAAACAGUUUGAUUUUGUACUGAAUAGUUUGCAGAGCAGCACAAAUUCAACUCUAAAUUUAAGCACAUGUAGGAAGGUGAAUUGGAACAGAAUUCUACUUAGAAUUUUUAAUUACAUUUAACUGUUUGUAAAUAUCAGGGUAAAGAACAAGUGAGGGUGCUCUGAUAUAAUUUUUUCCUUAAUAUUUACUAGAGUUGCUUGAUUACAAUAUCGUGGUAAAAGAAAACAGCAAAAAGAAAAAAAAGGGGAUAAUGAUGAAAGGCAAUUACUUGGGAAAACAUAAUUUCCUUAGGGGCAGUGCUCACCCCCUAUGAGACAGUUGAUUAAGAAAAUCAAAAAAUGGAACAGGAAACAUUUGCAAGUCAGUUUGAAUUAUAUGUUUAUUAAUUAGGAGUUCAGGUUAAAAAAUCAUCCCUUCAGGUAAUCUACAAUCAAAGAAAUUACAGAAAAGAAUCCUUGAAAAAUUCAGGCUUGGACAGGUUAUUAGUUGGGCACUUGUGGUUGGAAGUAGUGCUUAGCUAGUAUUUGUGCGCCACGGGCUUCUUUUCUGCUUUUUUUUAAUUGAACCUCACAGAUUAAUUCGCAGCUUCAACAUUUUCCAACAAUUUCCUCAAAUGUGAUUGGUGCAUGGGCUGCUUUAUUUUUCAUUUAUCAUUCUGUACAAUUGUAAUCUGACAGUUAGCUGUCAUCGGACAGGCUUCCAAACAAACUUUGAAACUUUUUUUUACUCGUAUCUGACACCUGUCAAUUAGAAAGCACGUAAGAAAAAAAAGCGCAUGUACGCUUUUUAAAAAUAAAAAUGAGAAAAAAAAUGACAAAUGACCGAAUUGAACGGACACGCAUAGACUUACCGGAAGCGUAUUUGUAGUAGGCCUGAAAACUUCGCUCACCGUCUAACAACAAAUAAAUUAUUAGA